AUGGAGUGGACAUAUGAAGCAGGCUUUGCCAUUGGUGGUAGCAUCUUGUUGCUAACUAUGCCUUGGAGUCUGAAUAUCACUUCGUCCAUUGCACCAAUAUCCAUGUCAAAGUCGGACAUCCUCCAUGAUUUGGGCGUCAAGAAUUCGGUGAUUUCAUACUUCUCUCUUGCUAUCCCUCCUGUUAGUGCAGCGCCCCCUGCUCGAAAGGUCGCCAACAAACGAGUUGCUGCGGCGAAGAUUGUCAAAAAAACUGCUGACAUGGACGCCCAGGUUAAGAGAGCUGCCCCAAAAAAAAAAACAACUAAACCUACAUCCAAUGUUGUUGCUCAACAGCCCUCUUCAUCCAAAGUCCCUCCUAUACAGCCCAAGAAGGCCCAUGUGACUGUCAGUGAAACGAAUUUUAGGCCUGGAAACCCCAUGAGUUUCCGCAGCGGCGUGGUCAACGCGGUCAAAGCUGAUAAGGAAUAUGAAGGGGCGUCUGAUGCAGAAGAGGUGGUUACAGACGGUGAGCUGUGUGACAAGAAUGAUGAUGAUGAUGACCACAACGACAACGACAACGACGAAGAUGAAGAGGAGCAAGGCGGUGACUCCGAAGACCUUGAAGACUUUAUUGAAGAUGAUGAAGACGCACUUGAGAACGAAGAAUACGAGGAGGAAGACAAAGGCGACGAAGAUGUUGAAGAUGACUUGAACAAUCUUGAAGAGCAAGAAGGUAUUCUUACUGACAAAGGAGAGGACAUUGAGGAGCCAAUUAAAAACGUCCCCAUACCUCCCAUCGACGAUGUCUUUACUUCCGCCCCAACUCUCCAGAAAUCUCGCAAGAUCAAAAGGCCGAGGGAGUCUACCCCUACACCUGAGUUUCCUACGCAUGGGUCACAAUUGCCAGCGACACCCGCAACUCUGGUUGCAGAUAGGUCUCCUACCAAACAUAUGCGCACGGAACCUCCGCCUACGCCUUCUUCGACGAAGAGGGCCACCCCCAAGAAGAAAGCCGGCGAAACUCCUGCUACUCCUGCCAGGCAAUCAGCCCGCAAGGCCGCUGCAGAAACUCCGUCCUCUAGGAUGAAUGCUCUUUCUAUUGUCGAUAUUAGAACUCCUUUUUCAAUCCCUGAAAGCAAAUCUCCUUCAAAAAAUACCUGCAAAGUUGCCGCUAUUCCGGCUCCCGGUGUUGUGCCACCCGCCCUGGGACCACGUAGCCUCCGAAAUCCUGCUCUUUUGGUAUACAACUCCGAUCUCAAUCAUGUUCAAUCAGCGGCUUUGCCAUUUGCGUGCGAGGUUUUGGUUGGAAUUACUAAAGAUCCCAAACUCGAAGUGAAAGGAUGUUACAAAAACCUUCCACACCUCAGGCAAAUAGAGACCUUUAGCAACGUCGACACCACUCAAGUUCAUGGGCUGGUGGGCUUCAGUCAAUUACAACAGUGGCAUGGCGCGAAUUUUUUCUCCACUUUUCUUGCAUCCUUCCUCAACUUUUCCAUUGAGGAAUGUUUCAUCAAUCUUGGUCGCGUUAGCCCUUUGCUAUUGAAGUCACAGUCCAUGUGGGGACAAUGUUACGAACUUCGAAACACAUCUGAAGAGCCGUUACAGUGCCUAACUCCAAUUGUGACAAUAUCCUUGUUUCUUCAUGAAAUGAAUCCUCGAUUGACAUGGGGAGGCCAUUACGUCCAAGGGGUUCCAAUGGCAUAUUGGUGGGACCGGGCUUUGGCUGUCAUCAGGAUGGUAACCCAUCAACCAAAGUUAGAGGUCCCUUCCUACUACAACGCGAUACAAUUUACCACCAAGAACAAACCGAACGACAAAAGUGCAGAUGAACAAAUGAGCUCUACCGCGCAGACACUUCCUAAGUCGCUUUUUACAACCGCACCGGCGGUAUCGCUUAAGACGACUCCUCAGCCCAAGAAAAAAGCCACAAUGUUGGCUUACGGCAAAAAAUUUCCAAUUUAUGAUUUGCGUACUUUGUUGAAGGAUUUUCCUGAGAAGACUUUCACCAAGGAGAUGCUGGAAGACAGAGAUUUAUAUCUUCCUUUGUGGAAUGAAAUACCCUAUGGUUCGUUGGUCAUUAUGUCCCAUAUGAUUCACAUCGCACAACCUGCUACCGGUGGAAAUCAUUUUAAAUUGUUCAACUAUGCACAGUGGGGAUUUUUGCUGUCCAGUCCAACUGUUGACUAG